CCUCCGUUGCAGCGAAAACGAGAGACUCUAGCCUCAGGGAUAUCUGUUGCAAGUGACAAUGGCGCUCAAUCUUCGGCAGAAACGAAUAGGUUGUAUUAUUCGAAUGCUGAAUCUAAACCAACCUUUGAAUGCAAGUGGGAAUGUGGACGAGGAGGUCUAUAAGAUCUUGGUCUAUGACAGAUUCUGUCAGGACAUUCUAUCACCCUUGAUCCAUGUCAAAGAACUCCGCAAAUACGGUGUCACUCUGUAUUUCCUUGUUGAUAAGGAGAGAAAACCUGUCCCUGAUGUGCCUGCCGUCUACUUCGUCCAACCGAGUCCAUCUAACAUUCAGAGAAUCAUUGCUGAUGUGUCUGCCCCUCUUUAUGAGAACUUCCACCUGAAUUUCUCUUCUUCCAUCCCUCGACCUCUGCUUGAAGAUCUUGCCUCCGGAGCCCUGAAAUCUGAUUCAAUUAAUCGGGUCUCGAAGGUGUACGACCAGUACUUAGAAUUCGUAACCCUCGAGGAUAACUUGUUUUCACUAGCGCAAAAGUCGUGCUACGUCCAACUGAAUGAUCCCUCUGCUGGGGAUCGUGAGAUCGAAGGGUUCAUAGAGAAGAUUGUGAGUGGAUUGUUCUGUGUGCUUGCAACGCUUGCUGUAGUUCCAAUCAUAAGGUGCCCACGAGGUGGACCUGCAGAGGUGGUUGCUUCGGAACUCGAUUCACGACUGCGUGAUCAUCUGAUAUCGAAGAACAAUUUGUUCUCAGAAGGGGGGAAUCUCGGGAGCUCUUUCCAGCGUCCAAUACUCUGUAUUUUUGACCGGAAUUUUGAGCUAUCUGUUGGAAUCCAGCAUGAUUUCCUGUACCGUCCUCUCGUCCAUGAUGUUCUGGGGUUGAAGCUUAACAGGUUGACUGUCCCAGGAGAGAAGGGGGGUCCUCGUUCUUAUGAAUUGGAUUAUUCGGACCCAUUUUGGGUGGCAAAUGGGUCGUUGGAAUUCCCAGAAGUUGCAGUGGAGAUAGAGAACCAAUUGAAUAAAUAUAAAAAGGAUGUGGAUGAGGUGAACAAGCGAACAGGUGGGAAAGAUCCGGCUGAUUUUGAUGGGCAGGACUUGAUUGGAAACACAAAACAUUUAAUGAGUGCUGUGAACUCACUGCCUGAACUGACAGAGCGGAAGCAAGUCAUUGAUAAGCACACCAAUAUAGCCACUGUGCUAUUGGGUGAGAUCAAGCAGAGGUCAUUGGAUUCUUAUGCUAAGAAGGAGAAUGAUAUGUUGAUGAGAGGAAGCAUUGAUCGGAAUGAACUUCUAAGUGUUCUUAGAGGGCAUGGCUCAAAAGUUGAUAAGCUACGGUUCGCUUUAAUUUACCUUCUUUCUGCAGAAACUAUCCCUCAGUCAGAACUUGAAGCGGUGGAAGCUGCCCUGAGAGAGUCCGAGGUGGAUACUUGUGCAUUUCAGUAUGUAAAAAAAAUGAAAUCAUUGAAUGCCUCUCUGGCUUCAGCAAAUUCCGCAAGCAAGAAUAACAUUGUUGAUUGGGCUGAGAAGCUCUAUGGGCAGUCAAUAAGUGCUGUUACAGCAGGUGUGAAGAAUCUCUUGUCAGGUGAUCGACAGUUGGCAGUGACAAGGACUGUAGAAGCCCUGAUGGAGGGGAAGCCAAACCCUGACAUCGAAUCGUGCCUCCUGUUUGAUCCUCGUGCCCCGAAAUCAGGUUCGGGGACCAGUAGCAAUCAUUUGAAGGGACCAUUCAAGGAGGCAAUUGUGUUCAUGAUUGGUGGUGGAAAUUAUUUGGAGUUUGAGAGCUUGCAAGAGUUUGCACGCCUUCAGCAGCCUGCCAAACAUGUUAUAUAUGGAACAACAGAGGUUCUUACAGGAGCAGAGUUUGUUGACCAGCUAACACUGCUAGGACAGAAAAUGGGUUUAGGCAGUAGUCCUGGUGCUCCCUCCCAUUAAAGCAGAUAACUCAUUUUUGUUUGAAGUUCGCUUUGGAUGGUG